AGCGCGCAGAGUCUGUACGGCGAGGCGUAACGCUGUUACUUCACUAAACCCCGUGUUGACACAUUAGAUAUGAAACUAUCGCUAUGGAUAUUGGACUGCCCUAAAAACACAGAUGACCUGCCUUAAACCCGGAGCGAGACGGUAUGAGUAAGAAUCCCCUCCUGACUGUGAGAGCAGUGCUGGAGCUGGACUCAUAAACAGGUUGCAUUCACAUUGGACUGUCAAACUUAUGAUUCUGGCUGGCAAGAGAGAGAAAGCAACAUAAAUACAGAGGGACAGGGAAGAACAUCUGUGGAACACAUCAACGGAACGCUGUCAUCAGGUGGGCUAUAUGUUGUAGCAUUGAAGAGGAGGCCAGAGGACUUAUUUAUGCCCACAGGCCUCUCCUGUCUACAGGGGGGAUGAUCUGGAGCACUGCACACUGGCCUUUCAUUAGGCCAAUGAGGACCAUGCUUAGGAAUGGAUAACUUUGCCACUAAAUGUUACAGUGCAACUUCCCUUUAACUAUGGACAACCGAUGAAGGAUUGAUAUGGAAAACCUCCAAAAAGCAAUUUUUAAAUAACUACGAAGUACUUUUUUUUCUUUUUAGGAUAGAUAUUCUUUGUCAUUUUUAUAUAAAUGUGUCUUUAUAGCACUGAUUGUUUUUAAGUGACAAAAGUUAUAUCACAUAUACAGACGUUUGGAUUUAUGAAUAAACAAAGACCAUGGCAGCAACCUACCGCAUUGUGGUCAGCAGCAUAAACUGUUACAACAGUGUAGUAAUUGACCGUCGUGUCCAGCACACUGUACACUACUGUAAUGGACCCUGUGGUGCCCUAAAACAUGGACUUCACUGCACAGUGGCUCACCGGAGCACUUGUGCUGAGCUUAUUAAUGCCCCCAUGUCCAGACCAUGCUCUGACCGGCCUGUCAGCAUUCAUGAGUCAAAAACUAUUGAGAACGGGAACUCCGGGUCUGGUUCCUUCAGCGAUGACUAUCACCAGGUCGUACCUAGAGUCAAGAAAGGACCGACCAUGCAAAGCUCAGCCAGCCUCAAGGAUAUUACAGGUGAGGCCAUUAACCUGGCCAGUGGUAAAAUCAAAGAAUUUUCAUUUGAGAAGAUCAAGUACUCCUCCAGCCACGUGACUUUCAGAAAGGGUCGUAAGGUUAGGCCAGAUUCCUUCAGCAGAAGGUCUACAGAUCUAGACAUCAUCUACGGCCAGUUCACAGGCAAUGAUGAGAACUGUCCUCCAUUCGGGCUAUUUCAGAAGUCUGUACUAGAAGAGCAUAAGUUGAGUCGCAGUGUGUCCUUGGAGCAGAACCUAAACAGCAUGGCCACGCUCUACCUGAACAGCCUCACAGAGGAGAACCUAAUAACCCGCAUACUGGAGAAAACCAAGACAGACAGCAGUGCCUCAGGAGAAGACAUUAAAGCCUGUCUGGACAUUCUCCUCAAGUGCUCAGAGGAUCUAAAGAAGUGCACGGACAUCAUCAAACAAUGUAUCAAAAGGAAGUCCAUGGGUGGAAGCAGUGAUGACUCAAGUAAUCCUGAGGCCAUUUAUAAAAAUGUGAUGGCUCGUCUGUCCAAUUAUUUGAAAAGGCUUCCUCUUGAGUUGGAACAGGGGCAAACUGUGAGGCAAGAACACAGUGAACUUGCUGAACUAGUCAGCAGCAUACAUGGGCUGCAACAAAUUUCCUUUUCCCCCAUCUUUGGCAACGAGCAGCCUCCACGUUACGAGGACGUUGUUCACUCGCCCCCACCCACAAAGCCUCAGGUGAAAUCCUCUCAGCCAGAACCUGAAGAAGGCUCUAGGGAUAUUGCAGGCAAUGUGCAACCCAUGCAGAACCUCCCUGGUUUUUCAGCACGCACAUCUCCGUCAACUAAUGGUUUUCAGCAAGGCAGCUUGCCUUCAGCCUCCAGUAGCAAUUUAACACCCUUUAUCUGCCACCACUCAGUUCCAACCAGCCGUUCAGACACUUACACUUCCACAAACUCGCUCUUGUCUACCAGUAGUGAGAACCUCUGUAAAGAUGCCAUGGAGGCUCUGUAUAUCGAGGAGGAAGCAGAUGUGGGAAGGAUGCCAGACAGGACCGUUAAAGGGAAUGGGAAGCACAGCUGUAGUCUAUCAGAGUCCAGACAUUACUCCAAAAAACCCACUGGCUACUCUGAGCCUGGUGGCAGUGUUUCAGAAAAGCUCCCUGAGCUUAGCAGAAAUGAAACCGCAUUCAAUCUUAAAAAGGACUCACAUGUUAACCAGAUAUAUUUGCCAAAAAGCACAGAUUCCAGACCAUCCUCAAAGUCAACCUUGCACAUUACUAAAGGAGGGACUGAUGACAUCGAUAAACUGCUAAUGGACCUUGAGUGUCUUUCCCAGAACAUGCAAAAGGAGCCUCCACUGCCCCCUAAACUGAAGAACUGUGCCCAGCAGACAAGCUCCUCCCAGCACCAGCAUUUGAUUAAUAACCCUAAAGAUCUACCUGUAGCAAGUCCUUCUGGCCCCUCACUGGCCAAGCACUCUGAAUCAGAGGUUGAAGCCAGUGAGGAGGAUGAUGGAGCAUUGCUACUCAGGAUUCUUGAGAGCAUUGAGAGCUUUGCUCAAGAGCUGGUGGAGAGUGGAGCUGGGAGAGGUACUCAGUCUAAGGAGCGAGAGGUAAUGCGUCUUCUACAGGACACACUGGCCAGCACCAAAGCAGAGGUUGCUCCGCACCCAGUGCCAGUACCUUCAUCUGAGACUGCACAAACACCAAAGCCCAUACCUGCACCAACGCCCUCAAGUGCACCUGCAGCCAUACCUACCCCUGCUCCUACUGUGAGGGACACUGGCUCAACACUUCUUAUCCAACAGACACCAGAAGUCAUCAGGAUCCAGCCAGAGAAGAAACCUGGAACGCCUCCUCCAACUCUUGCACCUGCACCUUCCUCGCCAACCCCACGGCCGCCCAGCCCUCCACCAGCCAAAGUGGUGGCCACUUCCCCACCCCCCUCCAUAAACAUUCCACGCUUCUACUUCCCCAAAGGCCUUCCAAACUGCACUGCCAACUAUGAUGAGGCCAUUGCCAAAAUUGAGGCAGCCUUCACUGAGUUUGAGGAGGAGAAAGCCGACAUAUAUGAGAUGGGGAAGAUAGCGAAGGCAUGUGGGUGUCCGCUCUAUUGGAAAGCACCAAUGUUUAUUUGUGCUGGUGGAGAGAGGACUGGUUUUGUUUCUGUUCACUCAUUCAUUGCAACAUGGAGAAAGUUAUUGCACAGCUGCUAUGAUGAUGCAUCCAAGUUUGUUUACUUGCUGGCCAAACCAGGCUGCAGUUAUCUGGAACAAGAAGAUUUCAUCCCUCUAUUACAGGACAUAGUGGACACUCAUCCAGGGCUGACGUUUUUAAAAGAUGCUCCUGAAUUCCAUUCCCGGUACAUCACAACAGUUAUUCAAAGAAUAUUUUUCACAGUUAAUCGCUCAUGGACAGGCAAGAUCAACAUGACCGAGAUCAGGAGAAGCAACUUCCUCCAGACUCUCGCCCUGCUGGAAGAAGAGGAUGACAUCAAUCAAAUUACAGAUUAUUUCUCUUAUGAGCACUUUUAUGUCAUUUACUGUAAGUUCUGGGAGCUGGACACUGACCAUGACCUCUUUAUCGACCCCAAGGACCUGGCCAGGUACAACGACCAUGCUUCAUCAAGCAGAAUCAUUGAGAGGCUGUUCUCAGGGGCUGUCACAAGGGGAAACUCGGUGCAAAGUGUAGGGAGAAUGAGCUAUGCUGAGUUUGUUUGGUUCCUCAUCUCAGAAGAGGACAAAAAGAACCAUACGAGUAUAGAGUACUGGUUUCGCUGUAUGGAUAUGGACGGAGAUGGUGUUCUUUCCAUGUAUGAACUGGAGUUUUUCUAUGAGGAACAGUGUGAACGCAUGGAGGGGAUGGGCAUUGAACCACUGCCCUUCCAGGAUCUCUUGUGUCAGAUGCUGGACUUAGUCAAACCAGAAUGCCCAGGUAAAAUUACUCUUCGAGAUCUGAAGCGCUGCAGGAUGGCACAUAUAUUCUAUGACACAUUCUUCAAUCUGGAGAAAUAUCUGGACCAUGAACAGAGAGAUCCCUUUGCAGUGCAGAAGGAUUUGGACAGUGACGGUCCAGAGCCCUCAGACUGGGAUAAGUACGCUGCCGAAGAGUAUGAGAUUCUUGUAGCAGAAGAGACAGCCAAUGAACAGCUACGAGAGGGAUCUUUUGAUGAUGAUUAUGAGUCAGAUGAGCUCACAGUCUCCUCAGACAUUGGAAAUAAAAUGGAUAAGCUGGUCAUAUCUGAUUUAUCGGCAUAAGCCACCUUUAUCAUCUCCACACCGUGACGGUCAUCGACGACAUGAAUGGAUCACCAUCACCCCAUUUUCACACUCUUCUCGAAAAGGGAAAAACUAUUUUGUAAAUUUUAUUAAGGACAUUUGUAUGUGUGUGCAUGUGUGCAAUAUAACAAAUUCUAAAACCAAAUGGCUUUCAGACAACCACAAAAAAGCUUUAUGUGCAAUAUGUCUUAACAUGUAAAUGUAUACUCAUUUUUUUCCACUCUCUUACUGAUAACAUCCACUCCCCCAAACUAAACUGCCGGCUGGUUCCAUCCACCCUUCAUUAAGACUUUGUGUGAAAAGUGGACUUCUUAGUAACUUUAGAAGAAGUUUAGAAUGUGCUUCAAUGUAAGUGAAACUACGGUCUGUGUAUUGCUGCCUUAUUUUUAAGGGGUGGGGAAGGACAAGUGAGAUGAGAGAGACAAAGAGAGACUGAGCAAAUACAGCAAGGACAAUGAGAGAGUGAGCAAAUAGAGUUGCUCACAUUUUCCUUGUGUGAUAUGUAACUUACUAGAACUUCAAGAGUCCUCUCAGACUAAAAUCAAAUAUUUAAAACAUGAUAACAGCACAUAUCAUGUGCUAUGCUGGGUUGCACAUUAUGUUUAAGGGUCAUUGCAAGUUGCAUCAGUGCCAAAAUAUCAGCGGUUAUGUAUUGCUAUUAGUGGUCACUGAUAAUAUUGCAUGUUGUUGCUUAAAAGAAGAAAGCUGUGACUUUUUAGGUAUUUGAACUUAACUACAGUCAUCAAACCUCCAUUACAUAUUUCCAGAUAAACCGACCAGGACAAUCUUAGACUUGAAAAUGCUUUUUGGAAAUCUUCUUUCUCAGCCAAACAUUCAAGAUAUGCUGUCUUUUCUGGGGUUGAAAUGGUCACAUCUUUUUAAAGAAAUGCAAACAUGAAAUAUUUAUAAAUUCAUCCUCCUUUUCAUUCUCAAAGUGAUGUGUACAGAAACAUAGUUCCUAAGGCAUUUUGUGUAUGUUUUUAAAUGAUUUAAAUACACCUGUAAUCAUGUGUAAAGAUCUGAAUGAGAGCUGUAAAGCACUAUUUAUUUGCCGUGGGCAUUGUUAACUAGGUCCGUAAGAUUAUACAGAAGCAUCAGGGGGUCACCUGUGUACGAAAUAUUAUGUCAAUGUCCCUCUUAUCUGACCUCUGGUUAUGAGUGGCCAGUCUCAGGUUUAACCACUCAAUCAAGUCAUGGACAUCACCCAAGUACUGCCAAAUUCAGUCCAUACAUCGUCCCACAGGAACUCUAAAAAGCCAGGAGGCUUAUGUAAUUGGAUUCUCCGAAUGGUACCUCUUUCCACUGUUAACACGUUUCCACAUUAAAGGUGAAGUGUGUUAUUUCUUUGCCAUUAGUUGCAACAAACAGAAUUGUUUACCUAAUUACUGUUUUCGAACAGCUUUCCCAAACACUCCUCCCAUCCUCCAUUGUGUGGACAAACAGGUAGCUCUGCCGCAAACUCAUGCCAUUGAUCGAGUCAUAGUUUUAUUGUCGGCUAAUGUUGAGAACGCCACAGUGUUUAGAUCUUUCAGGGAAAUCAACCUGUAAAUGGUUUACCUAUAAUUGUCUCUGCACAUUAAGCUGGGAUAGGAGAAAGUACUGUAAUAUAAAAAAAUGACACACAUCACCCUUAAUAAGGAAAUUGAAAACAUGCCUGUCUCUUAGCCAGAUCAGUGCUCUACAAAUCCCUCUCUGUGUGUGUGAUGGCCAGACCUCCCUUCACUCUGUCACACUCUUUGGUUCAUGUAAUUAGUGUAAUAUAUUUAUAUACAGUAUGUGAAGUGGUUUGUUUGUUUUUGUUUGGCCAGCCAUUAUCAUGGUUUACCGGUAGCUUUUGUUGUACUGUGGUCUUGCUCUUUUUUGACUUAGGACAUUUAUUUUAUAUAGUCACUGUAAAUGUCUUUGUAUUUUAUUUUUCCCAUGUGAUUGUCUCUGCCACUGAGUGGUGGGGGAAGUUUAAGUUAUGAUAUAUCUCUAACUGCCAGUGUUAUAAUGUGCAUUAAGCAGAGUGGGCAGGGGCUUUAUGAAGAAAUUCAGAAUGAAUUCACUGAUAGGUGACAAUCAGAUGGAUGCGUUUGUGGUAUAAUGACAUGCAAGUAGCACUUCUUAGAAAACAGAGCAAAACAACUGCUGUAGUGUCACACUUUUAUCAGUACUAUUAGACAUUGAGAUAAAAACACAAACCUGAAUCUAAACUUGACAAAUGCUACAAUUCUGGUUCAUCAUUUUUAACACUAGCACAUUGAGCUCUAUGCAAAUCUGAUCUUCUGGACAGCUAUUCGCAGCUACUGAAGCUGUAAACAACGAAACUUGUUUGUGUGCAAAUUUUAUCCUUUUUUUUUUCUUUUUUUCUUUUUUUUAGUUUUUGAGUUUUAUAUCUUUCCAUGUGUUUUUUUUUUAUUUUUAUUUUUAUUUUUUUUAGUUUUUGAGUUUUAUAUCUUUCCAUGUGUUUUUUUUUUUUUUUUUUUUUUUUUUUAAUGUUUUGCUUGCAGACAUUGAAAGAAGGGACUUAAGUAUGGUGAUCUCCUAAGUGCUUUGAUGAGAUUGCUCUUGUGUUCGCAUGAUUUUUUUCCCUCUUUUAAAAAAUUUGGAAAAUAAAAAUAUUAAUUAAUGUGAUGUUUAUAGAAUAUUCAUUCAUAAGG